ACUCUCCUUUCCGUAUAAUUUUGUAUUCAUCAGUACUCAUAUUCUCAUAUUAUAUUUAUAUCCCCCUAUAUUAACCUCAUAUUCGUCGUCUCACCAAUUACGAUAAAACGAAAUAGUACCGAGAAUAAACAAAUGUUUUGAACGUGAAGAUAAAAUAAGACAGCUUCUCGUUACUUCGUAUUUAAAUAUUCCCCCAUAUUAACCUCAUAUUUCAUAUUCUUCGUCUUACUAAGAUCGUUUCACCAAUUACGAUAAGACGAAAUAGUACGGAAAGUAAACAAAUGUUUCGAACGUGAAAGUGAAAUAAGACAUUUUUGUUAUUUCGUAUUUAAAUAUGCUAAUCCUAGCAGAUUCGAUUACAGUCAUGAUGAUUUAAAAGAAAUAAAUCAUUUUUAACAGAAUGUAAUGUGCCCGUUAGAUUAAAAUAAUGAGUGAAUUUAAAUUGCAUCAUUUGGUAGUUGAAUUAAUCGGAUUAUUGGGGUCGUCUUCUGCGCCCGAGAAACAUGUGGAAAAAUUACAAAAAGAAGGAAUACCAACGAGUCCCAGUGCUCUGACUAUGGUUGCAUCGCAAAGUUCUAUUCGGAACUUGGCUAGAAACUCACCUGUUCCUGAAUUGUUUCUUCAAAAAUAUGAAGAAUUAAAAGCAAAAAAAGUAGAUCUAUUAGGUUUGUUCAUUCAGGUAUUGGAACUUAUAUCCAGUGAUAAAGAGUUGAAGAGCUUCUUAGCUAAGCAAGCAUCUUCUUCGACAUUAAAUCCUACAAGGAAUUCUGCUAUUACAACAGAAGACUUACCACAGAUCUGUAAGAAUGUGAUUAAAGCAGCUGUGGAAGGAGAAAAGAAGUUAAAUAAGCAAGUAUGUGCAAUUACGAAAAAAGCAGAACCAUUGGUAAUUAAAUAUAACUGGGUACACGAGAGGCCUAGAAUAACAUGGGACUUUUACAACGAGCUCAAUGUAACUCCAUGUCAAAAAGUUGUACCGAUCGUCUCUCAAGAAUCCAUAUUACUUUGGGAUAUUUUGUAUUGUUUGAAAGGUAUAGAUGGUACUUACAUCGUCUCCGAACCUUUAACAAGCCCAUACGCAGUGAAGACGUUUAACAUAUCUCCAGAUGUUGGUAUAUCGUACAAGCAAAUGGUUCAACAGAUAUUGCCUCUUGCGUCUCACUAUUCCAUGACAGCUAGAUUCGUGGAGAAAAAAGUUUCACCGGAAGAUGGUCAAGUAAAUCAUGCUUUGAGAGGAGCCAUAAGAUGCUUACUGAAAGAUUAUUUAUUGGAAAUGGAACACGUGCGCGGCAAAUUAAAUUUGCAAAAACUGUGGUUUUAUGUUCAACCGACCAUGAUUGCGAUGUCUAUACUCUUUCAAAUUACAUCCACUAUAUGCAAGGCCAAUGCAAGAGGUGGGAAAGUCCUCAGUCUUCUGCACGAGCAAGCAAAUAAUAUUAGCGGGGAAGCGAAGUUUAAAGAGUUGUGUUUGUAUCUUAUUCAAACGGCAAGUGUUCCAUACAUGCAAAUACUAGAGAAGUGGGUUUACAAAGGAGUCAUAUGCGAUCCAUAUGAAGAGUUUUUUGUGGAGGAUAACGAAUUAAUUCAUAGGGAAGAACUACCUAUAGAUUAUUCGGCAGAUUAUUGGGAAAAGAGAUAUACUAUGAGACCAGAAAGAAUACCGAUAUUCCUCAACGAACAUGCACAGACAAUUUUAAGAACUGGAAAGUAUUUUAAUGUAAUUAGGCAAUGCGGAAAAACUGUUCAAUGGGGAAAACAAGAACCAUUGAUUUAUCAACAUCAAGGACAAAAGUACAUAGCUGCUAUCGAUAGAGCCUAUUCCGAGGCUGCGAAAACUUUGUUAGAAGUUCUGAUCCAUGAAAAUGACUUGAUGGGCAGACUUCGCAGUGUAAAAAGCUAUUUUCUUCUUGCGCAAGGAGAUUUUGUGGUUCAAUUUAUGAACCUUUGCGAGGCUGAAUUGAAUAAAAACAUGUACGAUAUUUUCAUUCAUCGAUUGGCAUCUCUUCUUGAAGUUGCAUUACGUAUGUCCACUGCGGACUCUGAUCCGUAUAAAGAUGAUCUGAAGCCAGAACUUUUACCAUACGACCUGCAAUUUCAAAUGUUUAGAAUACUAUCCAUUCAAACCAGAGAUGAAAAAGAAUAUUGUUUUCAAACGGAUAAAACGCUAACUGGUUUGGAAGCAUUUGUAUUUAACUACGAUGUUAAAUGGCCCGUUUCCUUGAUAAUCAACAGGAAAGCAAUAGCCUGUUAUCAAAUGCUUUUCAGGCAUUUGUUUUAUUGCAAAUACAUCGAAAGACGCUUGUGCAGGGUAUGGGUCAGUAAUAAAAUUGCGAAGACUUUCACCCAUAAUGUUGCAAAGUCGUACAGACAAGCGUUUUCUUUAAGGCAGCGAAUGCUUGAUUGCAUUCAGCAUUUGGCUUAUUACAUGAUGAUCGAAGUUAUCGAGCCGAAUUGGCUUACGUUUCUAAAUAAAAUGAGCAAGGUCAGUAACGUGGAUGAUGUUUUAAGCGUGCAUCAAGAUCUCCAAGAUAGUUAUUUGAAAGAGUGUAUGCUAACAGAUCCUGAUCUCCUCGGCUGCAUAACAGGCAUUUCUGCCGCCUGCAUCGAAUUUUGCAACUUCAUGGAACGUAUGAGUCCAUACUACAUUGACGCCGAAUUGACGUCCAUGAUUGGCUCCUAUCAGGAAGAUGUCUAUGAUUCCGAGGAGGAAUACGGCAAUACGUCCAAAGAGAAUGCCGCCAGUUUCGAAGAAACUAUCGUCUCGCUGGACGAGAAAUUCACUCAAGUAUUAAUUCGUCUUCUAGACAGAAUCUGUGAUCUAGGCCGUGAUAACAAUAACGAGAAACUUCUGAACGUGUUUUGUAGGCUAGAUUUCAAUUUAUUUUAUACCGACAUUUUGAUACGACGUGGAAGAGAAAAGACAGCCCAAGAAGAUGUCUCCGGUUGAAUACUGAUAUCUGCCAGAUGUCCACGUAAUGGUAGAUGUACGUUUGUAACUUUCAAACAAUUUUACUCUUUUGCACAGUAUUUGUAUAUGAUACAAAGUAGCUGUAGAUGUUAAUACAUUAAAGCUAUCUAUAAAAAAUUAAUCGCGCACGAAAUGCUUCUUUAAGUUAUUGAAACAUGCGAAAUUGUUACGAACACUGUCCAUUUUGUACAUUCGGAAAAUAAAAUGUAUUUUAUAAAUAAAAACGUCAA